CUAGAAAGUGUUUCAAGUUUCAACUUUUGAAUUUGAUGUUUAUAUGCCAUGCAAAGUGAAAGAAAAUUUCACUUCAAAAGUGAAGACAAGGAAUUAACAGUUACUAUACUCGAGGUAAUGUGAGGAAUGAGAAUUAUAUGAGCUAAUUAUCCAUAUAAAAUUGUGAUUUCAAGGAAAAACAUCUGGGAAGAGAACUUAAUUUUAUGUCAUGUAUCUUUAGCCAGGAAAAAAGUGACAGCAUAUCACAAUUGAAGACCUACCUGCAGUAGGUGGUCAACCAGCAAUUAUAUAUCAAAGUGAGAAAAUGAUGUUAAGUUGUUAACAUUUCUGAAUUUGACUAUCAUCUGCAGUUGACUUGGUAGGCGGCCAGAAUGUGGCGACUGAAAUUUAAACAUCGCCAGAAACCUAAACCAUGAUUGAAAUAAUUUGCUCGUGGAACAAUUAAGGCAUGAAAUGGCAUUUUAGGAUGAAAAAUUCUAAUUUAGUUUUUCCAAGCAAAUUAAGAUACUCCAAAGAGACCACCCUAUCUUGCUCUUCAGUGACACUGAGAAGACAAAUGCGUCGAUAUCAAGUACCCCAAUACAUGUAAUACAGUACUGUAGAAUUAGAAGUGUGGUGAAUAAUAAUACUAAGGGCCUGUUCAUAUGGGCAGAAGUUAUCCCGGUUAGCGAGAAAACUUUUUGACAAGUUUACGAGCGAGAUCUCGCCUUGUUACGAAAAUAAUAUGAAAAGUUACAUUGCGUUCAUAUGAGACGAAAAGUUUUCCCGUGUACCGAGAUCUCGCUUGUUGACAGGCGAGAUCUCGGUGACCGGGAUAAUGUUUUCCCCAUAUGAACACAACUUUCCCGCUUAGCGGGAUAACUUUUUGUCGUGUCAGCAACUUUUCAAUUCAAUUGAUGUUCAGUGCUACGUCACAGCCGGAAACUUUUCCCGGUAAGUGGGAUAAUAUUUCUCCAUAUGAACAGAACAAAAGUAUUUGGCUAGUCGAAAAGUUCUCUCGUUAACCGGGAUAACUUUUGCCCAUAUGAACAGGCCCUAAGUAUACAACACACAUUUUCAUUACUGCAUCACAUCAUGUUGCCCUAUUGGGACUGGAUUACAUUUGGGAGACUGUAAAAUUACAGUAAUUGUGUCUCUGUUUAUAAGGUUACUCCUCAAAAUGCUGGAUAUAGCUUAUCUGAGCUUCAAGAAAUCCAAUAUUUUCUGGGGGGGCAUAUGCCCAGACCCCUCUGGAGGCUCACACCUUUGGUGAUCAACUCGCUUGUCUCAGAAUCCUAGUUACGGCCUGAUCUGCUGCCCUAUGACGUACCAUAUACUUAAUAGUUAAUUAAAUAUAUAUAUGCUGGUAGCUGCAGUGAUACAGACUAGCCAACUGGAACUUCUCCAGGUCCCCUGCUAAAUAUGUCCCCUCCAGUUACACAUCCUUAAAAGAGGCCCUGGGUAGCUUAGCUAGAGGUCAGCUUAGCUAGAGGUCAGCUUAGCUAGAGGUCAGCUUAUCUAGAGGUCAGCUUAGCUAGAGGUCAGCUUAGCUAGAGGUCAGCUUAGCUAGAGGUCAGCUUAAGUAGAGGUCAGCUUAAGUAGAGGUCAGCUUAAGUAGAGGUCAGCUUAGCUAGAGGUCAACUUAGCUAGAGGUCAGCUUAGCUAGAGGUCAGCUUAAGUAGAGGUCAGCUUAAGUAGAGGUCAGCAUAAGUAGAGGUCAGCUUAGCUAAAGGUGAUUCUAGGGUGGAGGUAAAAGUAGUAAUUCAUUAAGUUUCUUGUAAUGGCAUUUGCUAGCAAUGUGCGAUUUAACUUGUCAAUGGUAAAGUAAUAAAGUAUGUUCCUAUAAUUAUUACAAGCAACAUAAAUGUUGUACAAUAGGCCUUACCAUUUAUUCACUUUUCACCCAAUGGCCUUGUUUUUGUGUCAAAUACCUGCUCAUGUUUUGUGCUUGGUAGGGUUGAAAAUUACUUUGUUAUUGAGGCUAAGAAUAGCAAGAAACAAAUUCGUCCAGGAAAACAUGGGGAUAUAAUUUUUAUCUGCCCCUGACAUGCUAAAACAAGUUCACAUGGAAAUGAGGCCAUUGGGUAAAAGGGAAUAAAUCGGUAAGGUUUAUUAUUUUGGAAAUUAUUUACAAACAUUAAAUGUAUGUUGUUAAAACAUUUUUAAUCAACAUUGUACAGUAUUGCUUACUGUAUUUGAAUCAUCACUCACUGAAAUAAGAUUUUCAUAAAAGUCAUCCUUAAAUGCCAAAAUUUCAUCCAAUGGACGUUUUGUGUACUGUGCAAACAGUCUGUCUGGCAUAUAGAGAAUAUUCAAUAAAUGUGUAUCGUCUGUGAUUUUAUACCCAAUCUGACAUAGAUAAUAGUAUCUCCACUGAAUUCGUUCUAACGAGUACCGCAAAACAAGCGGUGACCUAAUUAAUGACUGGUUCGUUAAGCCCAUGUCUUUUUUAAUGAAGUUACUUCGCUCGCGCAUUCGUUCGACGUUCGCUGUUAAAACCAUCGGAUUGUUCGUGAAGGCUUCAAUAAUUCGUUCCCUUGUGUACCCUAAUUCGUCCAUGAAGAAUCUUACACGUUUUUCGAUCGCCUCCCAACGGUAAGUAAUUGAUCUUGGGUGUUUGGUACAGAAUUUAUGAAUCGUUUUAUCUGAAAGACCACAGUCUUUUAAAUAUUUAAUGAGGCCAUCAAAAGUAUCUUCCAAUCUUGUUAAGACGGUCAUGGGAUUAUAUCUAAAGAGAUGAGAAAUAAUUACUCUCCACUGGACGAGUGAAAUUAUCUGGCAUUAGACAGAGUAAAUUAAUAAAGUGCGGUCCAGUUAAAGGGUUAACAAGACACAUGGGCAAUCUGAUUAAUGGGUUAAUCGUUAUUGAUGUUGGCUCGUUACCUUAGAACUUUAGCAAUUUCCUCUUUGUUAAGGUUACAUUUCUCCAAGAGCCGAAUACGCUUUUCCAUCACGUCGAUGGGAUGGAACAGCAGUUUAGGAUACUGAGGUAUAAGAUGGGAUAUCAAGACAUUAGGAUCUCUACAAAAUUGUGUUGUAUAUCCUGACAAAAAAUUAACAUUCUUCUCCAUUUCUGCCACUUGACAAGUCAUAAUCGCCCUUGGACAUUUUUUAAAAACCAACCCAAUAUGCUCUUGUGUUAGCUCUAUCGAUUUAAAGUACUGUUCUCUCUCUGCGAUGUCAGAUACGGUACACACUUGGGACAAAAGCCUUGCGGAUUUUUCUGCCACCUGAAAUUUGUCGAGUAAAUAUCUCUCUGUGUCUUCAUUUCGAGGCGAUUGCUGUGAUUUUCGAGCUCCACGGAUUAGAAAUAUACUUAUGCAUUUAAUACCAAGUACAGAACUUUCCUGGAAGGUAUAUAUUCGAUUAAAACAGAACAUUUUUUUAACAAAAAAUGCCAUCUUCGAAUUUGUCAUUUAUAUGUCAAUUCGAAUUUCGAAGUCUCGAAGGAAAUUCAGUUGCGCACGCGCAUGGCGUUGUAAAGAAAUUGUGUUUCCACUAAUGCAACAUGAUCUCCUACUCAAAUUUCAAAAUAAGAUAUAGCAGCUAUAGUACUAGAUUCCAAGUACGAUACGUGUGCUAUUCUUUUACUUUUUGCGCUUACUAAAUGUCAAACUGUCAAAAAGUGAUGGAAGUCAAAUUCAGUUUGACAUUUUGAUUUUCAGCGAGAUUGGCGAGGCAAUAGAUGCAGAUAGGAAGGGUAUAGGAAUGUCUCGAACUUGAAUAGCCAUAUGUGAUAUGGCUAGCUUUAAAUAUUGUGGUAUAAAAUGUCAUCAAAACAGCUUUCAUGCCUGGGAUUUCCAUAUUAGAGUUACUAUUUGUAUAUGUUUUUAAUUCCAUUUACUUUAAGUUGACUAACCAUGAUAAAUACACUAAAAAUGUAGUUCAAAAUUUUUGAUCUCUCAACCCCGCUGAAUUUUGAACCCAAUCAUUUUUCGUCAAUUUUGAAGUCUAGUCAUCAACUCAAACACGAAAAAUAACUUUAACAAGGAAAUUCGGCCUACGCGGGAGCUGUUUUCCGACAGUUCGUACUAUUACAGUCAGCCUCGAUCAAACAAAAGAAUGAGAGUUGGCGGAAAAUGGCGGAAAUUCACUUCAGUGCUCUAAAUUUCCGACAAAACUCGCAAAUUUCCGACAUACCCCCCCUCCCCCAUUUGCACUCGAAAUGCGGCGGCCUUCAAAACGUUGAAUUUACCUAUGCAAAAUUCCUACUGUGAUCACAGGAACUUUGAUGGUGUAAUUAGUCUUUAUCCAUGGCCUAGUCCUGCAUCUCUAUAAAAGUCUGUAUCAUUUUCUAAUUAAAUUUAAACUGACUCUAAUUUCUCAUUAUUUAUGAACUUCUAAAAACUUGUCUGUGUCCUGUUACAGUUUUGCGGUACAUUGUCAUUGUAGCGGUACAGUACACAAUCAAAGUUUCUGUGAUCACAGUAGGAAUUUUAAAUGGGUACAUUCUAAGUUUUGAAGGAUUUGUAAGGACUUUUUGAGGGAAUCGAUUCAUUGUUUAACGCUGAGUCCGUUCCCUCAAACAUUUCUUACGAAUCUCCUACUGUGAUCACAUGCAGAAACUUUGAUAUACCUUACUUGUAUUAAAAUUCGCGUCGUUCUUUUUGAUUUGUUUAAUAGAACUAUCAACAAUUAACGCAUUUAUUAUAAGUAUUUUUUAUUUCUGUUCCGAAAUAUCACUUACCUAUUUUUUAUUUCUGUUCCGAAAUAUCACUUACUCGAACCGUCCUGACCGCGUAGCUCAGUUGGAAGAGCAUUGGGCUAGUAUUCCAAAGGUCGUAGGUUCGAAUCCCACCGUGGCCGGGCAUAUUUUUCAAGCUCGCCCGGUGUGGAUAUACACUCAGAGUAACACCACAAAUAUCAUAUUCACCUGAGUACACUACACCAACACAGAAAAAAAAGUACAGAAGUACUUCAAUAUUUGUUAAAACUUUGUUAAAAAUUAUGUAAUGUAAGCAAAAUUCACGAUAACAAUUAAGAAAGCGUUAGUUAAAAAUACCAACAUGGUUUGCAUUUUCUCAUUGCAGUAACAUAAUGCAAAUUAAUAGUUAAUGUUAAUCAGUUAAUAACUCAACUGAUUUGCAUCACUAACAAUGAGUGUCUCAUAUUACACAACAAAGCUUUUCGCGCGGAUUAUAUUUCGCGCAGUACUAAAAUUCGCGCACCCAGCGCUGCGCGAAUUCUAGUACUGCGCGAAUUUUAAUACAAGUAAGGUAGUGUAAACCAGGCUUUUGAUAUAUAAGCUGUUUACGUAGAACUUUGGGUCAUGUGUUUAGGUUGUUGAUCCACAAUAUGGUUUGUUUACCUGGCCAAGUGCUGUGAUCCUCGCCCAGUAUGUCUGGUACAACAGAAAUGAUUUAAAAAACAAGCACGUUAUCGAGGUACUAUGAUAGAUAUGCUAAAUUAUAGACAUGCGCAUUGUGCUUGGUAGAACAGAAUGUUAUUAAAGGUUUUUGUAGAUGAAAAUUUUGAGCAAACGAAUACAAAUAUAUAAAUACUAAAAUAAAAUUAUACAUAAAUACAGCUUUUGCUUGCAAUUUCCAUUUACAAAACCCUUGUUCUAUCAAGCCAAAUACCUGGCUGCCCUUACAAAAAAUUGCUAUCAUAGGAAUUCGUAUAGAAAGCCAAAUUUUCUAGAGGAAUUCCUGUAGGAAAAGAAAUCUAGUUUAUAGGAAUUUCUAUAGGAAAUUACAUUUCCUAAAGGAAUUCCUAUAGGUCGUAAUAGUUCGAAAUUACUACAGGAUCCGCUAAAGGGGAUUCCUAUACUUUUGUAAGGGAUAUUUUUCAAGCUUUACAUUCAAAUCUCAAUGAUGGAAAAAUGAAAUUUCGAUUACCCAGUACUCACUUUAAAUUGUCCAUUGGCAUUGUUUGAGCCUCUCUCAGCAUGUAUUUAAUGUUGAUAUAGCUUGGAUCAGGAACAGCCUUACCAGGUGUGCUUGCUGCUCUAUGUGGUGCCAAUGUUACCUUAACAGAUGGAGAGCAAUACCCUAACUGUUUGGAAAACUGCCGUAAGACUUGUGCAAUAAAUGGCUUGAAGAACAUCUGUACAACAGCUUUAACCUGGGGCUCGUUUUCAAAGAUCUUGUUAGAGCUCCCUAAAUUUGACCUCAUUUUAGGCUCAGACUGCUUCUAUGAUCCUAAAGGUAUGAUCAUAAGAUAAUUACAUAAAUUAAUGAUUUUCACCAAAAUCGCGGGGCCUAAAGUUGCAUUUCUUGCAGCUACUCCCGGUCAGGUCUAAAAUUUUAUAUAAACUUUCUUUAGUUUGAAAAUUUCAUCUAAAGUAUGCCACUUAUACCACAGGCUAUCUAUUUCGUGUAAUUGGUCGUGGAUUAAAGCCAGCAGUUCUAAGGGGGGGAGGGGGGUAUACAUUUUAGAUUUAUAAAUAGAAAUGUUAGAAAAAAAUAGGAAUGAAAUCUUUAAAGUGUGCUGUACGUGGAACGGCAGUGUGCAUAUUAUUUUUGUACUUGUAAACAACAGUUGUGGGGCACAGUUGAUUUCCCCAUGCAUCCAGACUCCUUGCAGUCGGUAAAUAACAUAGUACAACUGCUUCUAUGUAUAUAUUUUUUUUUAGAUUUCGACAAUAUUUUGGCAACUGUAGCAUUUCUACUGGAUCGUAAUCCUACAGGAGAAUUUUGGACUUCCUACCAAGAGAGAAGGUAAUUCUUCAGUAGUUUUAAAUGUUUGGCCUUGUAGGGAAAACCCUGCAAAGAUAAAACUGUUGAAAAUUGUUUAGUUAGGAAAAAGGUAAUUGGUGUCUCCUAAGAUACUGUAUCAGAACAGCCAUACUGUCGUUAAAAGAAUACAACAAGCUUUUAAAAACUUGAUCCCACUACAAUAUAACCGUUGUCCGUUCUUAUAUAAACAAACUUGUUUGUUAUUAAUUUCUUAUAUAAGUUGCUGAAGGUCUACAUUUUGAAAUACGUUCUGCAAUAAAGUUGAAAUGGGCGUUAAUCAUUCGAAUUUGUGUCAAAAUUUCGUUCAGUAUUUAACGAGGGGCAAAAUUGGACGAGUCAUACACUUAUAAUUAGUACGUACAAUGAUAUGUGCAUUGCAUGCAUGUAUAUCAAAUUGUUAUUGACUAGUACUUCAGGGGGGUAGGUUUUAAACCUUACUUACAUCCCAGGAAGACUGCAGGGGUCAGGACCGCCGCACCUCCGGCCGCUCGAAAAUUUUUCCGCCCUCCUCCAGUAUUAACCAGAGGUGGAAAAAUAUCGGAACCUAGUUCUCAGAAACUUUCGGGGGAUUUACAUUUCUGCAGAGUUUUUCACAGAAUUUUUAUGUAUGGUAGCUAAUUCUGAAAAUUAGACUGAUUGAAUAUUUAUAUUACUAAAUUAUCUAAUUAUUAACAAUUAUUGGAUGAGGUUUUUGUGAUAUGCGGAAUUAUCAAGGUCGAGGUAAGCGUGAUCAUGAGCCGAGCCACUCAGCCGAAGGCGAGGCUGAUAACGCUUAUCGAGACCUUGAUAAUUUUGCAUAUCGCAAAAACCGGUCAUAUCUCGAAUACGCAGUGAUAUCUCGAAUACGCAUGCGUACUACAUGUCGUAGUUUUAAAGCAGCGUAAUGAGCCAUGAACGGACUAUGACUUUAGCCGGUGUGUCCUGCUCACAUUAGCAACUGUGGACUGCCGUUUCGCCCUCCGCAACGGGAACGGCAACAGCUGUAGCCAAUUAUACUGCAGCCCCAAGGAAGUUUCCACCUCUGAUUUACACCAAAAUCUGGCUGUGGUGUAAGUCGAGGUCCAUUAACAUAGAUAAUGAUUAAUAUUAUACUUGGAACAACAAGCCUUAUAUUCGAUUUGUAAUUUUUUAAGUGCUGAUUGGUCAAUCGAAAUGUUGUUAAGAAAAUGGAACCUUGAAUGUCGACAUAUUUCUUUGACAUCAUUUGGAGGGGACGAUGAAAAUAUUGCAGGAAGUGAUCUAGUUAAUAAUCACUCCAUUCAAAUGUUGGUAAUUACUCGCCUCGGAAACUGAAUCCUAAUGACUUUGAUUGGAAACAGAAAUUUGGUGAUCUUAGCAGCGAAGGCAUAAUGCCAAUUUGUGCUGGAUAACUAAAGAAAGUUGGUAAAACAUAUUAUGACGUUAUUUGUUUCCAUAGCUAGAUUUGAGGGGAGCACCUCCCCAAACAUCUUAAUUUUUGCACCUCCCCUGAGAAUCCAUGCACGGAAUGAUUAAGUGUAAUGGUCUACA